AUGUCGACAGAUUCGUCCACCUCGUCGGCGUCCAACCCUAGCUCCGGCAUCGGCACGACGCCUGGCUCCUCCGACUCCGUCCUCCCGGUCUUCAUCAACCCGUACGCCUCCAUCAACGUCAAGACCCACGUCCCCAUGGAGCUCGACCUCCGGCUGCCAAACUACAACAAGUGGAACGCCUUCUUCACCGCCAUGUGCGGCAAGUUCGGCCUUCUAGGACACAUCAACGGCACCAUCACGUCCCGUCCGACUGAUCCCACCUGGAAUCAGACGGACGCUUGUGUGCACAGCUGGAUGUACGGCUCCGUCUCCGAUGGGGUUCUUGACGUUGCCAUGGCGCCAGAUCAGACCGCCCGUGCUCUCUACACGGCCAUCUGUGAUCUGUUCCAGGCGAACCAGGAGCCGCGCGGCGUCAUCCUGAACCAGGAGUUCGCCUCCUUGUCUCAGGGCGACCUUCCCAUCGAGGCUUACGCCUCGCAACUGAAGCAGACUGCCGACGCUCUUCGCAAUGUCGGCCACCCCAUCCUGGAUCGCCAACUGGUACUCAACCUGCUGAACGGCAUCAACCCACGCCUCGCCAACACCGCCGACAUCAUCGCCAACACGAGGCCAUUGCCCUUACUACCUCCAUGA